UUACCUAAGCCACGCCCUCCGUUAGCAACUUGUGGCUAGCUCGCUACCAGAGCAGAGGCACCGCUCACCCAGACACCACCCCGACUACUACUCCGAGACUGUCUGUCCUUAUAACACACACACACGUUUCUUUGGGUCACUGAAGUCCAGAUGCAUGAGUCUGGGUCAGAACCAAGAAGCCACACCAUUCCAGCAAGUCAGACAGAGAACGGGAAUAACACGGAGAAUGAGAGUCGACUGAGGAGCAGCCAGACUCCUCCUCCAGAGGCACCCAGGGUUCCAGCGUCGUUGUCCAUGAUGACCCCACCAGCCGAGGCCCCACAGCAGCUGCAGCAGACAUCACAACAGCAGAUCCUCAGUCCUCAGCAGCUCCAAGCCCUGCUCCAGCAGCAGAAAGCACUCAUGUUACACCAGCAACAAAUCCAAGAGGUCUUCAAGAAUCAGCAAGAGCAGCUGAAUAUGCAGCUGCUGCAACAGAAGAACGCUGGGAUGGUUAGUCAAGAGAUAAAACCCAGGAGAAGCUGUAAUCAGUAUGAAGAAUGGGGGAAGGCGCUCACUGACGGAAGUUGUGUUAUCUCGCCGUCACAGCUGACAGCCCAGCAGAUUGCCAUCCAGCAGCAGCUCCUUCAGGUGCAGCAGCAGCACCUCCUCAACCUGCAGAGACAAGGCCUGCUCUCUGUCCUCCCCACCAGCCCCAUUACAGCACCAGGCUGUGAGAAUGGUAGCAUCUUGUCCGCUGGUGCAGACACCAGAGAGUCUUCCAGUCAACAAUCCACCACCAACGGUCACCACACUCUUGUGAAGAGGAAAGAAAGUGGGUCACUGGAUGAAAACGCACAGAAUAGCCAUCCUCUGUAUGGGAACGGCAUGUGUAAAUGGCCUGGCUGUGAGACCGUCUUCGGAGACUUUCAGGCAUUUCUCAAACAUUUGAACAGCGAGCACACACUGGAUGACAAGAGCACAGCGCAGUGUCGUGUUCAGAUGCAAGUGGUCCAGCAGUUGGAACUGCAGCUGAAAAAGGACAAAGAACGACUGCAGGCUAUGAUGGCUCAUCUCAAGUCGUCUGAACCCAAACCCGCAGCGCAGCCUGUCAAUCUGGUGUCUAAUGUAUCUUUCUCCCAGGCAACAUUGCCCAAAGGCCCUCCUCCGAUGAGCGUGUCUCAGAGUGCCACGGCACCAUCCACACCCCUGACGCCGCACUCUGAAUCCCCCUCGGUCCUCACUCCCAAUAGCGUGUUCACUGGAACCCCCGUACGGAGGCGAUAUAGCCGCUCUGUGAGCCAAGAUAUAGUCGAUAAUAAGGAGUUCUACUUGAGCACAGAAGUUAGACCUCCAUUUACAUACGCUUCUCUCAUUAGACAGGCGAUAUUUGAAUCACCUCGCAAUCAGCUGACGUUAAAUGAAAUCUACAACUGGUUCACGAGGAACUUUGCAUAUUUCAGGCGCAAUGCAGCAACUUGGAAGAAUGCCGUCAGACAUAACCUCAGCCUCCAUAAAUGCUUUGUACGCUUGGAAAACGUGAAGGGAGCCGUGUGGACGGUAGACGAGAUCGAGUUCCACAGGCGAAGGCCCCAGAAGACCGCUGGAAACGGAUCCCUGCUGAAGAACUCACAGAGCCGUCAGAGCUUAGCCGGGUCUGCUCUUCAGAGCGGUGGUCUAGACGUCAACAACUCUUUCUUCAACCCAGCCUCUAUGGGCAGCAUCCCAUUGCACUCCUUGCCUCAUAUUCUCCAGGAGCAGAUGAACGGGGCUCUCGCUAACGGAUCCGGAUACCAAAGUGACAGCAGUGCAACGCAGUCCCCUCCGCAAGCUUUCAUCAAAGAGGAGCAGGAGGACGAGGAGAUAUGUGAAAAUUAUCCCUACGAAUCUCCGGAGAGCACAGACGAGCACGGCCAGAGCCCAGAGAUGAACCACGAUGAAGACAACGGCAGCCCGGAGAGGCCCAAUCUUCAUUUCGAUCGCGUGCCUUCUCUCUGACUAUGAGGUUCUCUCCACUACUGCAAAGCCGCCUCACUCACAAAGCCUGUGUGACUUUGUAUUCCCAAAAAAAAAUACAACAAAAAAAAAAAACAACUGCUUCAUCUACAUAACCAAACACUCUUCUUCCUGGGGAUUUCUUUUUUUUUUCUUCUUCGUAUUCAUCAGCAUUUCUUCUUUUUUGUUGUUAAUCUAGUUCUUGAUUCUUUCUGUACAGUAGUGUGAGAUCACGAAAUCUGUGGAACUGUCUGUUCAUGAUUUUAUUUUUCUUAUUUUAUAUACCGUUUCUGUACACAAAGAGGACCAUGAUGAGCAGAGAAGCCAAAGGAAAGGGAACAGAUAGUUAGCACUUCACAAUGAAAGUUUCCCCCCCCUCCCCUUCUGUAUAGCUACUUUGUGCUACAUUGGGGCCACACUACCUGAUUUUAUUUUAGUAGUGAUAAUAUAUAUAUACAUAUAUAUAUAAAAGAAAUUUGAAGAGGAAAUAAAAAGAUGAAAAGGUUCACUGCCAACAUGAUCUGAUAUAUUUGUAUUUGAUGUAUAAUCAAUUGAUCAAAAGAAUAAGUAGCUUCUUUAUACUUGUUGGUCUUUUUCACCCCUUCCACGAAACAUUGUUGAAUUCGCUCUAACUGAGCUUGUAAGAGUAGAUAAUAUAGAUUUACCAUUAUUGUAAACCAAUGCAUCUCUAUGAAUAAUAAAUUCCUCAUGAUAAAUGUGCAA